AUGCUCAUUAAUUUUUGUACAUCUCAAUUUGAACCAAUUUUCGAAUGUCCUCAAAUGCAACUUGAUGGUUAUCAUGCUGAAAAUCUUGCCAAAGAUUUUUCACAAAAUAAUGGUUUUCUAACUGAUCCAUUACAACGUCCACCAAUUGAUAUUUAUAUUCGAUUUCCUUUUAAUAUUGAUAUAAAACAUAUUUAUCUUAGUCCAUCAAUAGGACAUCAUCGUUCAACAUUAAUUGAAAUAAGUGUUAAUCAUCAAAUAAUUGAUGAAAAAACAUCUUGGUUAAUAAAUUCAAUAAAUAAAUCAAAUAUUUUUAAUAUUAAACAAAUCUCAUUUCAUCGUAUUGUUCAAAUUUUAAAUGAAGAUGAAACAACACAACGUAUUGAAAUAUACAAUUAUGAUAAUGAACAAAUAACUCAUAAUAAUACAAAAAAAUAUCAUUUCUCAUCCAAUUUACAUUUAAUUAAUUGUAGUACAAUUAAAAUUACAAUUAAACGUACAUGGCGUUUCUCUUCAUGUGCUUUAAAAUAUCUUCAAAUAUGGGCUACGCCGUCAAAUUCUAUACCAAUGGAAUUAAAAACUAAACUUCAACAAAUUCUUUCACCUCCUUCAAAAGAAUUAUUAUCAAUAAAUAAUAAAAAUUCUUCUCCAUCAUCCAAAAAUGAUGAAAUUCCUUUAGAAUUUCUUGAUGCAUUAACAUAUGAUUUAAUGUUAAUACCAAUGUUAUUACCAAGUGAUAAUCUUAUUGAUCGAACAACAUUAGAAAAAUGUAUUAAUGAAGAUAUACGUUGGUGUCGUUUACCACGAGAUCCAUUUACACUUGAAGCAUUUACUGAAAUAACACAACCAGUUGUUGCACAACAAUUAAAAAUUCGUAUUGAUGAAUUUUUAAGUGAACAUCAAAAUGAUCCAAAAUAUCGUAAUCAUAAAAGAUUACUCGAUGCUAAACAACCUAUUUCAAAUAAAAAUUUAUUUUCAUAUAAAAGAAAAUUUCCUGAUGAUAAUGAUAAUCAAACAAAAACUAAACGAUAA